UCAAAAACGCUCCCCAGAGUGGAGAUUUUUGGAAACGCCGGCUUAUCGUUUUUGUGUGGACAGACAAAAACGGAGGUUUUUCGAAUAUGGUGAUGUCAUACAUAAAACAGCGCAUACCCUCUGUCAGGCCACAAUCGUAUUCUCAUUGUUUUGGCGUGUUCGUAUGAACGGGCGACAACGAUUCGAAUACGUUAACGUGUGGACAAGCAUUUUGUCGAAAACGGAGACAAAAAUUUUCGUUUUUCAAAAAUUGCUAGAUGCAUAUGGACAAGGCCUUAGGGCUUGAGCGACAUCAAAAAUGAAUUUAUGUGCUUAUCUGGGAUUUUUCCUUUCAUGCAGGAAAAGUUGGCAACUCUCAAUCAUAUCGUGACAAUGGCUGACUUUGCAAUGGCUAUGAAAAAGAAACUGACGGACAUCAAUUUACACUCUUUCAAUGACUUCAAAAUGAAAGUCGGUAAGUAAAUAUAGAUCAGUAUGUCCAGAAUCUGUAAAAGCCAUCAAAAAAGUGUUUUCAAUGCAACAGUCACACUAUUAGGAUAUAAUAUUGUCCACAUACAAAAAAGUUAGAUGUAUAUUGUAUGUGUACGUUAUUGACUUGGGUGUAUAAAAGGUUUAAGGAGACCUCUGCCAAUAUUCAAAUUUUUCCACCGUCAUCUGGCAGAUCUCUUUUGAUUCGAUAUUUACUGGUAAGAAUGUCGCUCUAAUAGCAGAUUCUGUUACGUUUAGUCUUAAAAGUUAACAAUUCAUAUUUAUUUUGGUAACACCACAAAUAUCCUCUCACACUUACAAAAGCGAAAUCUCUGCGAUUGUGUUGUCUUUUUAUUCAGGGUUAAACUUUGGCCCUGUUGUUGCCGGAGUAAUUGGUGCUCACAAACCACAGUACGAUAUAUGGGGUGAUACUGUCAAUGUGGCCAGCCGUAUGUACAGCACUGGAAAAGCUAACCACAUUCAGGUUUGUCCUAUUUCUUGUUCUAAAGAACCAUGGAUUGAAAUAAGGUAGUUUUUAUCUUUUACUGUGAACACCUGAAAUAUUUCAGGAAUACUAGCGUAAUGACCAAUUACCGCAAGAUCAGGACACGCGAGCAAGCCACAAGACCGUUAACGUUGAUUGUGGUUCUAUUUUCUUGUGCCUUAUUAGCUUUUUCCACACAGCACAACAUCAUUCCUGAAAUAUUUCUGGUGUUCACGGUUUUCUGAAUUUUACAGUAACUUUCCAACGCGAAUACUGAGUUUCGCGUGACUCUCGCGUAUCUCGCGCUUCGCGCUCGCUCCCCAAAACAUCUCUCUCCGCGAUAAUGCCUGUUGUCCAAACUAUGUAUUUUCUAGAUAUUACAUGUAUAAACUUGGAUUGUAAGCCUGUUGGAGUAAAGAAACGGUUGAAGUUUGGUUCUGUAUAUCUCUACAGGUCACGCAAAGCGUAUAUAAUAUAUUGUGCUCGCGCGGCUACACGUUUGAAUGCCGUGGGUUAGUGGCUGUGAAAGGUAAAGGCAAGAUGGUUACUUAUUGGAUGACUGGUAAAGAAGGAGACCAAUCAAGUUAGUGUAAAGAAGUAUUUAUUAUAGAAGCCAAUGGUUUCCCUGAUGCUACAAGUGCGGUUUGUACCUUACCGUCCUGAACUGUGCCAUGUCACGCUAGAAAUCGCAGGGAUGAAAGGAGAUUCUCUGCUAACAAAAUUUUGAGUCCACCUGAAAAUGGAAUCACUUGUUUUUUUCAAGCUGAUAAAUAACGUAAGUAGUAAUGAGAAGGUGUCUCAGUCAAGAAGCAAGGAAGAGAAACACUGUGGCUUUGAGUUGCCUCUAUCUAACUGCUGUGUAAAGCACAUUCAUGUAAUUGGGCGAUCCUUUGAAGGAAAGCGUAGCAUGUUUGGAAAUUUGGGUGGUUUACAGAUAAGUUCAUUAGUACCAGAUGAGGAACCUUAUAGUGUAGUAGUGAUUGUGGGGGGCAUAAGCAAAAACGUUUUUGAGCAACGCACGUCAACCGGAAGUGGGCCUUUUGCAUCGUUGGGCAGUUGUUUUGCCCAUGUUUGCCUGUAGAUCGUCCAUUUUAGAUAGAAGACUGUUGGCAAUACAAAUUUGGCACUGUCUUGGCAUAUUAAAAUGGAAAAGGCCUCACUUCCGGUUAACGUGUGUCGCUCAAAAACGUGUUUGUUUAAGCUCUCUACUGCAUUCUGCUCUCAAGUCUUUUACGAUAUACGUUCGAUGUAAAUAACUUCAGAAAUGUCUUACCAAUUACGUGAUCAGAUUACGUUUUUUAGUUUUUAAACUAAGGAAACUGAUGGGUAAAUUAUUACACAAGGCUUUCCUCGUACUUGGUAAAUUGGGAACGUUCCGUUGGCUUAGAAAGUAGAGAGCACAGCAGCGUUAGUGUCCACCUUAUUACAGGUUGUCCCCUCCCUGGCAUAGGAGCACUCAAACAUCAAUGAAACAUGAAUAAAAGUUUAAGAUCAGGCAUUUACUUUUUGGGUCAGUAUAUCCUUUCCUUUAUCUCUCCGAGUAAAGCAUCUAGGUGCGAGGCGAGUACCCAACAAACCGUUAAUUUUUUACCCGAAACUGGAUACCGCUGCAGGGGAAUACUCUCUUCCCUCCCUUCUCGUUUUCUCCAGCCCCCUUGCUGUCUGCUCUGCCUAGUCUGUGUGAGGAAGGCAAUCAAGGGGCUACCCCUUGUUUGUAACGAUGCAAAGUCAAAUCCACUUUUAUUCAUAGUUCAUUCUUGUGAAAUGUUAGAAUUAGGCCCGACAAUCUGGGCAAAAUUGGGCACAAUGUACUUUUAUCCAGAUCAUAUUAAAUCCUCUUAGUUUUGUUUAAGCCUUUUAGGUACUAUUUUAUUAACGUUACAACGGAGACGCGUGUAGAAUGUAGGAGAGGACACUGGUUUGGUUUUUAAAGACAAGCAAGUUACAAGCUUGUCUAGAGAAGAAAAACUGGAAUCAAUUUGUAUCAGCCAUUUAUUGGCAUUCUUUGGUUGAAAGGUUAUGAUUCCCAGCAUUUUUAGUUUUUUAGUUGCUUUUUGUACAGUUUCAAUAUUUUAUUUCAGUAUUUAAUUUAUUUUUCAGAGAUUUCACUACGUGUAAAAAUGCAACUAUUGAACAUAUCUUUCCAAAAAAUUGGAUGAUUACGGAUCUAUGUAGAAGCAUCCAUUGAGUCAAAAAUGAAAUUUUAAUAUAUCAAGUUAGUCGUGAUUCUGAUACAUUUUAUAGUAGGUCAGGGUGAGCCAAAAUAAAGCUCAUCUUUUGCGAUAUUUAUAUGUAGGUUUUGAACUUGUUCCAACUUAACAGUCACGCUUUUAAAAAGAAAACUCAGAUUUGUCAGACGUGGGUACUGUACAGUAAGAAUGUUUACUGAGUCACUAAAAUUCUGGUUAUUUUUGCUUAUUCGUAUUCAUAUGAUCACUUACUCGCGCCUUUUAUUGAAUUGCGAAGAUAGAUUUUACAACGGGCCGGAGAUUGGCCUGCGUAUCUGGCGGGAUUAGCGAAGGAGUGCUAACAAUCCCGCCAGCUACGCAGGCGAGCCAGAGAUGUAGAUGUCUCCUGCUCUGUGCCGUGUUGGUCUUGUAGCUUUCGUGGAGAAUACACAUUGUAUUGUUGAGUGGACAUGUUAUCAGGAUUUCACCACUAAAGGAACAGUCUCACACGCAGAACGUUUGUUUGGGAGCCUGUUAUAGGAAUAACAUAGUUAUAAUUGCUUAGUCAGGAGCCAGNUUUUAAUAUAUCAAGUUAGUCGUGAUUCUGAUACAUUUUAUAGUAGGUCAGGGUGAGCCAAAAUAAAGCUCAUCUUUUGCGAUAUUUAUAUGUAGGUUUUGAACUUGUUCCAACUUAACAGUCACGCUUUUAAAAAGAAAACUCAGAUUUGUCAGACGUGGGUACUGUACAGUAAGAAUGUUUACUGAGUCACUAAAAUUCUGGUUAUUUUUGCUUAUUCGUAUUCAUAUGACCACUUACUCGCGCCUUUUAUUGAAUUGCGAAGAUAGAUUUUAUAACGGGCCGGAGAUUGGCCAGCGUAUCUGGCGGGAUUAGCGAAGGAGUGCUAACAAUCCCGCCAGCUACGCAGGCGAGCCAGAGAUGUAGAUGUCUCCUGCUCUGUGCCGUGUUGGUCUUGUAGCUUUCGUGGAGAAUACACAUUGUAUUGUUGAGUGGACAUGUUAUCAGUAUUUCACCACUAAAGGAACAGUCUCACACGCAGAACGUUUGUUUGGGAGCCUGUUAUAGGAAUAACAUAGUUAUAAUUGCUUAGUCAGGAGCCAGCUUAUUACUGAUAAUACGGAGCUUAAGCAAAGACGACGGCAAAGGCAGCGAAAACGUCACCCAAAAAGUGAAUUGGCGCAGUUUCAAACUACACCGUUCUUAUUCCAAAACGUUUAAUCUGUCAAUGUUGGCGAUUUUUUCAGGAGUUGAAUUCUAAACUGUAUUUAAGUUCAGAAAAAGAACAAGGAAAUUGUUGUCUCGUGUUCACGUUCUCCAUAGAACGUGAAAUUAGGAAGUUUCACGUCGUAUUCGUGCUGUGACGGCAAAGAAAUGUACAAAAAAGCGCGGUGCACGUGUAAAGCUGUUGUUUUGCUAAUAUAAACCUAUUGCUUUUUUGCCGUUCUUGUUGCCGUCGCCGUCGUCGUUGCUUAAGCUCCUUAUUGCCCACCCUUGGUUAUUUCAUAUUUGAAGUAAUUGAUUUAAUUUGCACCUGUCACUGUCUUACGCCCUUGUACUUGCGCUCCACCAAACCGAACAACAUAUGUCUCAGACAUCGCAACGAUGUUUAGAACGGCUAUGCUCUCGCAUUUUUAAGCAAAGCUAAACAUUUACCAGGCUGGUCAUAGAACCUGACUGAAAUAACAGGAGUACAUUUAGCUCAAAUUGCAAAACGACGCCCUGACAAAGACUAGCGCAACUUUUUGUGGCGGGUUUUGAAAGAUCAUCUAAAGAUUCGUUUAGCCAACUUGAAGUUUAAAGCUCGCAAUGAAGGGCAGUGAGUAGAAUAGACUAAAACAUCGUCUGUCCUGUAAACCCCAAUAUCAGAGUGCAUAUUCUCAACACUAUUCUCACAACAUUCCCUAUGGUGUUAAUCAGGAUCAUUUGUGUCACAAUCAAUAGCUUUCUGGCUUAUCAUUUCUUUUUUUCUCACUAUCUUAAUGUUUCAUUGAGGAGUGUUACUAAGGAUAAGGAGAAAUUAAAUUCGGUCGAUCUUAAAAGGUUUAACUGACAACCAGCGAGAACAAGUAUAGGGGUCAAUUCAGUUAGCUUUUACAAGUGUCAUUUCAAGGGGAGCUAUGGUUUAAAGUUGAAAACAGUAACUACGUUGUUAGCUGUAAAGAUCCACUUUCAGUCGCAGGCUAACGUGAUUCAUCAGCAAGACUACUUAUGUUUGUGCGGUUGUUUGCCUCUGAUUUUGUUGCUAAUUAACCAAGUAAAGAAAUUAAC